UGCUCACACAGCAACUCAGUAACGCUUAAGCCAUCCACGGGGGAGGGUGUGCUGCUCUCCGCUCCUCCCACGGCCUUACUGAAACCUGUUGACAUCCCUCUCUUCUUAUUCUUCUUUUUCGUGUUUUUUGUUUAUGGUUUUGCGUUUUCCUGAGGACAAGCGACAAACGCCUCAACCAAUCAGCUUCCGCCCUCCUAGUGACGUCAUCAAGCACAGCCAAUCAGCCAAUCAGAGAGCUCCUUCGUGACGUCAUAAGAGUUUUAAGCCAAUCAGAGGAGAGGGUGCUUUAUUUCUGCAGAGAGAGAGAGAGAGAGAGAGAGAGAGAGAGAGAGAGAGAGAGAGAGAGACGAUUAGCUAGAAGAGAAAGUAGAAAAAAGGAAGAGAAGACAAGGAGAAGGGAAGAAGAAGAAGAAGAAGAGGUGCAACAACAACAACAACAACAACAACAACAACAACAACAACAACCUCACCUCCCCACCAAUUAACCGUCCCCAUCUCCUCCCCAUCCUCCCCCUUUCCUCCCCAUCAAUCCCCUCUCUUCCCCAAGCCCUCCCCAUCAUUUUAUACCACUUUUCAUCCCUCUCCACCCUAACCCUUCCCUUCCCCCUUCCCCAACUUACUCAUCUCUGCCUUUCCUCCCCAACAUUCCCCUUUCUUCCCCAUCUGAUCCCCAUUUUUACAACCGAAACUAUAUCCCUUUUCUUCCUCACCCCAAUUCACCCCCUCUUCCCCAUCCCCUCCCAUUUCUCUCCCUACCUAUCCGUCUCCCUCCCCCUUUCUUCCCCACAUCCUCCCCAGCUAAUCCCCCUCAUACUUAGAACAUUGUUAAUUCUUACCUCAAAUCACCCUUUCUCUCCCCAUUUCCCCUUUCACCCACCCUAGCUUCCCCACUUCCUUCCCCCGCCCCCUCCCCCUACCUUCCGUCCCCAGCCAUCCCCAUCCCUCUCCUCCCCACUUUCUCCCCACGUCCCCAUUUCCUCAUUGCCCAUUUCUACCUCAAAUUACACUUUCUUAUCUCCCACUUAUCCCCUAACCAAUCUCCUUCCCCACCCCUACCCCCUCCCCUUUUCCUCCCCAUCACUUUUACAACAUCAAACAUCUCUCCCAGCUAACCAUCUUCACCCAAAUCAUUCUCUUCCCCUCCCCCCCACCAAUAUCACCCCACCUAUCCUCCCCUUCCCUUCCCUUCCCAAGUCCUCCCCAUCAUUUUUAGAUUUUCAACCAUCUUCAUCCUAACUCACCCCCUCUUCCCCCCCAUUAUCUCCCCACCUAUCCUCCCCCUCCCCUUCCCUACCCACGUCGUUCCCAUCAUUUUUAGAAUUUCAACCAUCUACAUCUUAACUCACCCCCUCUUCCCCCACCUCCCUCGUUGCUUCCCCCUACCUCCCUCUCCCUCUCCUCCCCGCCAUGAUCAGCUUCAAGCAAUGGAUGGUGGUACUCGGGAUCUACGUUGCUUUCCUGAUGUCCGGGGCCGUCAUGUUCCUGGAGCUGGAGCGAUGGAAGGAGGCCGAGGAGAGGAAGGACAUGGUGCAACUCAAACUCAACGUCAGAGGGGUGGUGGAGAGCCUGGACGACAACACCACGCGAAAGAAUGUGGAGGGGAUAGUGGAUCAGAUCGGGCACCAGUGUGGGCAUGAUUAUAUGACCUUCCGAGAGGACGAGCCCCUUAAGUGGUCUCUCUGGAACUCCUUCUUCUUCACCUUCACCGUCAUCACGACUAUAGGGUUCGGGCACAUGGCACCCAAGACCGCGUGGGGAAAAAUCACCUGCAUCCUCUACGCCUUCAUCGGAGUGCCUCUCAACGGCUUAGUUAUCGCCUCCCUGGCUGACAUCUUCUCCAACAAGGUGAUCAACUGGGACGUUCGGCAAUGGGCGGCGCGAUACAAGAGCUGGGUCACGGUGCUCGUCGACUCCAUCCUGUUCCUGGUCCCCGGAUGCGUGGUGUUCCUGGUGCUGCCGUCCUUUGUGGUGAUGGAGGUGGAGGACGACUGGACUUACCUCGACUCCUUUUACUUCUCCUUCAUCACUCUCACCACGAUAGGCUUUGGUGACCACGUGGCCGGGCAGCAAGAGCUCAGCUACGUGUGGUUGUGGAUAUACAAGGUGGUGAUGGUGAUAUGGUUCAUUUUCGGCCUGGCCUACAUUAUCAUGCUCAUCACCUUCGUGCAGAAAGCCCUCAAGUCCAAGAAGCUCCUGAAGGUGGAGAAGCGGGUGACGUCAGCCUUCAAGAAGCACGUCUUCAAGGUGCACAAGGACCUCGGUGCCCUCAGACUGGCCAUCAACAACAGCAGCAGCAGGGGCGAAAAGACCAACACCAAGACCAAGCGCCCCACCUCCCUCCGCCGCCCCCGCCACGACUCCACCCAGGACGAACCUGCCACCCCCACCACGGACACCUCCUCCUGGUCCCCCUCACUCACACCGUUCCGUCCUCGCUCUGCCUCUGAAUCUGAUCUUUCCCUUUUAUAUAUGACACGCCAAAAGAAGACAGAGGAGAUGAAUCUGAUGCUGGAUGUGAUUGAGCGGCUUCUGGCUCAUCAGGAGGCUCAGACCACCGCCAAGUUCUCCCGCAUCCUCGCCGAACAGCUCAACCCCAACAGGAGGGAGGAGGAGGAGGAGGACGAGGACGACGACGACGAGGAGGAGGAGGAGGAGGAGGGGAAUGAUAAGGCGGUACGGAGCGGGGAGGAAGGGAGAGGAGGCUUCGUGAAUCCGGGCUUUGUGUUGGAAAAUGACGAAGUUAGGGAUUUCUUCUUUCCCACGAGGACUACAAACCCCGUGGAGGAACUGCUGCACAUCAUAGCCAGCGAGAGGGAGAGGGAGCGGUGCCCCCUCACCCCCAGCACCUCCUUCGACCACACCGCAAUCCCCCCGAACCACCAGGGACCCCCAAACCCCUCCCCUCCCCCUAGUUAUAGUUCCGUUAACCCCCACCUUCUGCCCGAGCUCCCCCUCUCCCUCUCUCGCAGCCACAGCUUCAUCCCCACCCCCUCCGCCCCCCUCACCCCCUCUCGCAGCCACAGCUUCAUCCCCACCCCCUCCGCCCCCCUCACCCCCUCUCGCAGCCACAGCUUCUUCCCCUCCCCCUCCGCCCCCCUCAGUUCCGCCCGCCGCCACACCCUCACCCUCCUUAGUCAGGUGAUUAGCUCUGUGGAUGGGGGGGCAAACGGGGUGCCGUCACCGUUCGCCCCCUCCACCCCCGUCCCCAUCCUUAGAUCCUCCUUCAGCCCCUCUACCCCCGUCCCCAUCCUUAGAUCCUCCUUCGCCUCCACCCCCGUCCCCAUCCUUAGAUCCUCCUUCUCCCCCUCUACCCCCGUCCCCAUCCUUAGAUCCUCCUUCAGCCCCUCCACCUCCUCCUCAACGCAAAAGGAUGGGGAAGAGGUCAAGGAGGUUACCAGAUUUUAAGAGAGAGAGAGAGAGAGAGAGAGCAGUUAUGUACGUCUGUCUGCAUGUGUGUAUAUAAUUAUGUAGGUAAUACUUAAGAAUGUUAGUUGUGUAUAAUUAGGCGAUAGGAAAAUAGUAAACCACUGCCUGUAGCUAUUAUUAUUGCUAUUAUUAUUAUUAUUAUUAUUAUUAUUAUUAUUAUUAUUAUUAUCAUCAUCAUCAUUAUUAUUAUUAUUACUUUUGUUAUUCUUGUUCUAGUUGUUAUUCUUGUUUGUCAUUCUUCUUCCUAUCAUUCUUCUUCUUCUUUUUCUUCUUCUUCUUCUUUAUUUGCAAUCGCCCUUCUUCUUUAUUUCCAUUCGUUCUUCUUCUUCUUCUUCUCCUUCUUCUUCUUCUUAUUAUUAUUAUUAUUCAUCUUGAUUCCAUCCUCCUCCUCCUCCUCCUCCUUAUCAUCAUCAUUAUCAUCAUAAUCUCGAAGUUUGCUGAUGACACCAUAGUGGGCGGAAAGGCCUCACGACGACCGACAGCGGAAAUCAUCCAAAAAGUAUCAAUGGUUUGAGAAGUGGCAAAUGUCAUUCAAAGCUGACAGGUGUUAAGUCAUGCACUUUGGGUCCAGAAAUAGUAACCAUACAUACAGCAAGCAUGGGAAGCCUCUACAGGUCGUGCAGGAGGAAUGGUAUCUUGGGGUCAUCAUCGGCGGUGACCGGAAACAUACAAAGCACUGUAAAAAAAAAAAAAGAAGCAAACAACAAAGCCAACACUGCUCGGGUUUAUAGUGAGGAACUGCGAAUGUAAGAUGCCGGGAAUAAUGUUGUCUUUAUAUAAUAAAUUGAUAAGACCUCA